CUACAUCAUCAUCAUCAUCAUCAUCAUCAUAAUACACAUCACGCACGAUAUCAUAUUUGACCUCACCUCCAUUCAACUUUGGGCAUGUUCUUCAUGAAGAGGACCAACUCAUAAGCCAGAACACAAACAAUAUUAAAAUCGAGAGUAGUGGUCGAUUCGAUUUUAAUUAUUACUAAAUUUCCUUCCAGUUCCUAGCGUCGUUACUUUUUUCUUCUUCAGUUCCGAAUCACGAGACAAGACAAAGACCUAGGUCGAUUGUCUUGUCCCUGAUCCUCAGAAAUAGCAUGAAGCCCAUGGAGAGUGUGUAUGAUCUCAUCGAAGAGGCCAAGCUUCGCACUCUCUGGUGGGCCCUCUGUAUAUUCGCCGUUUCCUAUUUCCUCACUCAUACAAGUAAAUCGAUGUGGAUGAAUGUGCCGAUGUCAAUUCUAUUUGUUUGUGCACUACGGAUUCUUUUGUGUAAUGUGGAAUUCCGGUGGAAGGUUCGCGAACCAAGAUUGCAGACAUAUCUAUCUCAUUUGGAGAAAAAGCAGUUGUCUGUAAAUGAUCCACGCCUUAAUAGUACGCCUCCUCCGCAAGUGAAAUGGAAGAGGAAAAUUGAUUCGCCUGUUGUGGAGGCUGCGAUGGCUGAUUUUAUUGAUAAGAUAUUGAAGGAUUUCGUAGUUGAUUUGUGGUACUCUGAAAUAACUCCGGAUAAGGAGUUUCCGGAGCAUAUACGUGCUAUAGUUAUGGAUGUUCUGGCUGAAAUAUCAGGAAGGGUUAAAGAUAUAAACCUUGUUGACUUGCUGACAAGGGAUUUAGUUGAUUUAGUAGGCGAUCACUUGGAACUUUUCAGAAGAAAUCAAGCUGCUAUAGGUGUUGAUGUUAUGAAAACAUUAUCUUCUGAGGAGAGAGAUGACAGAUUGAAAUUCCAUCUGUUGAAUUCUAAGGAGCUACAUCCAGCACUUAUAUCUCCUGAGAGUGAGUACAAGGUUCUUCAGCGGCUAAUGAGUGCAGUUUUAGCUACAGUACUAAGACAACGAGAAGCACAGUGUCCUGUGGUUCGUUCCAUAGCUCGGGAACUUCUAACUUGCUUGGUAGUGCAGCCUAUCAUGAAUUUGGCAAGCCCUGGGUAUAUUAAUGAGCUGAUUGAAACCCUUCUGCUUCUCCUUUAUGAUGAUGGUACUAAAUCGAUGGGUGGUGAUCAGUCAACUAAUGUAACAAGUCAGCAUCAUGGUCAUUCUGUUGCUACGGGGGGUGGACAUGACAAGCACAAAGCUUCUAAGAAGCACACCUCUUUAAGUCAAGGAACUGAAAUGGUGUUGGCUAAAAAGAGUGAUCACGGGGAGACAUCAUUGCAAAACAACACACUCCAUGAAGAAUCUUUGCAGGUCAGGCCUGCUGAUUGGGCACGAGUGUUGGACGCUGCAACUCAGCGGAGAACUGAAAUUCUUAUGCCUGAGAAUCUGGAGAACAUGUGGGCAAAAGGAAAGAAUUACAAAAGGAAAGAGAACAAAAUUAUGAAGGCUGGCUUUCAGGAUCUUCCUGCAAAGAGUCCUGCUACAGACAGUUCAACGCCUCAUAAAAAAUUGGCUCCAGAAACAUUAGUGAGUAAACGUGGAAAGUAUGGAAUUGUAGAAGGGAAGUCCUCUCUGCCGCCAAUGCCUGCCUUGGGUUCAGAUCCCCUUCAAAGUGCCGGGAACACAAACAGUUCAGAAUAUUCUCCAAACCCUGACAAAGAAUUAUCUUUUGAGGGAGAGAUUGGAGUUGAUAAAGUGAAGGGUAUUGAAAAGGAUCUUGCUUCUGAUGGGUAUAAAAAUCCACUAAAGAGGUCUAACAGUGCUUCUGCAUUGGGAAUCCUACCUAAGCAUGGAGGCUCCAUUAUUUCAGAGUUUUACAACCCUGAAUUUGAGAGGCACAGUGAAGGAUUUCGGGGAAAGAGUUCUUCUGACAUGAUUAUCAGGAAAGAAGGGCAAUUAUUUCCUAAGCUCCGUUGCCGGGUUAUGGGAGCAUAUUUUGAGAAACUUGGGUCCACAUGUUUUGCUGUCUAUUCAAUUGCAGUGACUGAUGCACAAAAUAGAACUUGGUUUGUGAAAAGAAGAUACAGGAAUUUUGAGCGUCUACAUCGGUAUCUUAAAGAUAUUCCAAAUUACACAUUGCAUUUGCCUCCUAAAAGGAUAUUUUCCUCAAGCACAGAUGAUGCUUUUGUACAUCAACGUUGCAUUCAGCUUGAUAAAUAUCUCCAGGAUCUCCUGUCAAUAGCUAAUGUUGCUGAACAACAUGAAGUAUGGGACUUUUUCAGUGUUUCCUCUAAGAACUACUCUUUCGGGAAAUCUUCUUCGGUGAUGAAGACCUUGGCAGUCAAUGUAGAUGAUGCUGUGGAUGAUAUUGUACGGCAGUUCAAAGGGGUUUCAGAUGGUUUAAUGCGAAAGGUUGUUCGUUCACCAAUCCUCAUCAAUGAGGGAUCUUCUACAUCUACCACAUGGAACAUGGAAUGGAAUGCUGAUGAAAUAGAUAGAAGUAUUCCAGGGCAAAGUACUACGGAUAGUGUAAUAAGCUCUGAUAAUGAGGAAGGUGAAAAGAACAUUAACUUUGGUCAGGAAAAUGUUGAUAGAGAAGUAGCACAAGGUGAUGGGUGGCAAUCUGAUAAUGCAUUGAUUUCAAAGGAUUACCAAACAUCAGCAAUAAACCAUGCUGAAGAGUCUAGCAACAUGGAUUUUGAUAGGAAUGAUGUUACAGCUACAAAUUCCAUUCUUGUUCAUGAUAAUUUGGAAGAUCCAGUUGGAGUGCCACCUGAGUGGGCCCCACCUAAUGUGAGUGUUCCUCUUUUGAAUUUGGUUGACAAGAUAUUUCAGCUCAAGAAAAGAGGUUGGCUAAGAAGACAGGUCUUCUGGAUAUCAAAACAGAUAUUACAGUUGGUGAUGGAAGAUGCUAUUGAUGAUUGGCUCCUUAGGCAGAUUAAUUGGCUCCGGAGGGAGGACACUAUUGCCCACGGGAUUCGGUGGAUCCAAGAUGUUCUCUGGCCUGGUGGUACGUUUUUUUUGAAGAUAGGGUCAUCUCAGAUGGUAAGUAGUGGCAGUGAUCAAAAGCAUUCUCAAACAAGAAGUGGACCUGGGGGAAGCAACAUCAUGAAAUCCGAGUCAGGGUCUUUUGAGCAACAGCUUGAAGCUGCUCGUAGAGCAAGUGACAUAAAGAAACUACUGUUUGAUGGAACUCCAACUACUUUGGUCAGCUUAAUCGGGCAUAAGCAGUACAGGCGUUGUGCGAGGGAUAUAUAUUACUUUAGUCAGUCUACUAUAUGUGUGAAACAACUUGCUUAUGCAAUCCUGGAACUUCUUCUCGUCUCCAUCUUCCCCGAGACGCGGAAUGUUGUGUUGAGUAUUCGUGAGAGUGUGCAUGUUCACCAAUCCUGAUAGAGUUACAUAUCACCUGCAGUAGUGGCAGCAUAUGUGGUACAUGACAUUAGGAAGACUACGUUUUGGUUGUCCGGUCACUGGUGCCAUUGGUAUAUCUGGCUUUGCUGUCUGGUAUGCAUAUAAGAACAGGAACCAUGACAGAUGAUUUAAAAACUCGGCAGUGGUUUUUUUUUUUAUGUUUUUCCAACUGUAAAGAGCUUAGGUUUAGGGCGUGUACAGAAACAACUCAUCAUGCUUUGUCAAGGCCUUCCCCAUUUUGAUGGGGGGAUUUUGUAUUGUUAACAGAACAGAGGAGAAAUGCAUGUAGUGAUUAUUCUUUAUUCAUUCAUCAUUGGAAUUUGGUGCUUUUUA